CGACCUCCAUCAAGCUAACGUGGUCCAGACAAAAUGAUUACAAGCCUUCCUACUCCUACCUGGUCAUAGCGAGACAGAGUGGCAGCGAGAUAAAGAAUGAUUCGACAAAGAAUGAUUCGACAAAGAAUGAGACGUACACCUUCUAUAAUCUGACCUCUGGAGAGCUGUACACAUUUUCUGUGUUCACGGUUAUAGCAGGGGUCAAAUCCACAGAGGAAAAUACACAGAGUUACACAAUGCCUGAAGCAGUCUCAAACAUUACAGCCGUAGGAACCACAACUAGCCUUUCAGUGAGCUGGACACUGGUGACAGGGAAGGUCUCCAGUUACAGUGUUACAGUGCUAAAUAGUGCUGGACAGUUAGUGAACAGCACGGAUGUAAACAAUCAAACUACAAACACAGUCUUUGGGAGCUUGACACCAGGAGUAAACUACUGUGUCCAGUUGAUCACCAAAAGUGGACCUUUUCAGAGUAACAGUUCACGUGUCUGCAAUGCAACUUUUCCCAACCCUCCUCGCUCCAUCACAGUGCAAUCUCAGACUGUUAAUUCCAUCAACUUCACCUGGGCCCUUCCACAGAACAUGAACCACGAGGGUUACAACUUUAGUGUCACCACCACUAACAACAACUUUGUGACAAAAGACAACUGGUUCCUGCUGGGAAACCUCCCAUCUGGAAGCCCCUUCAAUAUCUCUGUUGUUACUGUGGGUGUGAUGGGAUAUAAAAGUACAUCAGUGACAACAGUAAACUAUACCAGACCAUUUCCUGUAUCCAAUCUGACUCAGACAGAAAUAACUACAAAUGCAGUGACCUUGGUGUGGGCACAGCAGGAGAGCAAAUUAAGCUACUCUUACUGGGUGCAGCUGUCACUAGUGUUGCUGUUGGUGUAUCGGUACCAGUUUUUCCCAUUCUCUUCAGUGUCCUCAUCAGCUUUAUUAUCUACUGAAAAAGGCCAGACAAAAAAGAAUCGCCAGACAUCCAGAUUCAAUCUUUAAGAGAAAAGAUGUAAAUAUGAAAUCUUCAAAUCACAAAACAUGAGCAUAUCUUUCAAAUGUAAUGUGAUGUCACGGUGCUGGGUAUGUGACCCAGUGUUGUGAGUGGAUUCAUUUUUCUUUCCUUUGCUUUAAGAAGACGAUUUAGGUUUAAGCUUUGAUUGGUUUAGUUCUUUUAGUGACUCUUAGUUUAUCUAUGUUUCUGGGUCAUGGUUUCUUGUUUGCUGUUGUUAGGUUCCUUUUGUAUUAGUUUCUGUCGCUCUCUCUUCUCUCUUGUUGUCCUCACCUAAGUCUCCGGAGUCGUGGAUUUGGGUCCUCUCUCUGCCUGCCACACAGUACCAUCAUGACAUGUUAGUGUUUUUCUGAACAAACCUUAUCACUAAACUGUGGUUCAAGCAGAAAUGUGGCUGUGAGUGUCGAGGACUUUGAGGCUUACUACCCGAAGCAGAGAGUAGACUCCAAAUGUGGCUUUGCAGAGGAAUUUAAAGGAAAUCACAAAAACUGAAUAUUCAUUUUGCUAGAUUCAUUUUUAUGCCUUUCAGGCUUUUGAUAACAGUCAUCAAGCUUCCUGGAUUCAAACACUGAGGUUUUUUUUUAUUUUAUUUUAUUAUUUUAUUUUAUUUUAUUUUUUUGUAGAUUUAUGAAUGUUGACAGUGGACGAAACUGCACAUAGAGCUGCAAUAAUGGAUUAUCUGUCUUGGUCACUUUUCUAUAGUUGCAUGUUUUUGUAUUGCUAAGAUGUUUUAUAAAUGCUUCUUAAUACUAUAUAUGUCUCACUGAUGAUUAGAUGUUUUUGCUCAGUGUUGGGAAGUUUAGGCUUCCCAUGACUUUGUGUUGCAUGUUACAUUACUUAUAUAAUCAAAAUAAAAUGUAUUUAUUAUUCA